GAAGUUUCCGGUGUUGUGUAUGUUCCUGGAAACAUGGCGGCCAGCUUCCGCGGCCGUCCUAUCCGGAGUCUUCGGAUGCGGGGUCGGAAUGACAGCGGGGAGGAGAACGUCCCGCUGGAUCUGAGCAGAGAACCAUCUGAAAACUUCCGUGAAAUCCUCCAAAAUGUGGCCAAAUCUCAUGGAGUCAGUAACAUGCGAAAGCUUGGCCACCUGAACAACUUAAUUAAGUUGCUUUGCAGUAUUGGACAUCGGGAGGAGAGCUUUGGCUUUACGUAUGAAGAAAUCAUUGUAUGUCUGCGUCUAGCUCUUCUAAAUGAGGCCAAGGAAGUGCGUGCAGCAGGCUUGCGGGCACUUCGCUAUCUCAUUAGAGACACCAAUGUGCUGCAGAAGGUCCUCAGACUGCAGGUGGAUUAUUUGAUUUCCAGAUGUAUUGACAUCCAGCAAAGCAACGAGGGGGAGAGGACGCAGGCAUUACGGCUUGUCAGAAAGAUAAUCACCGUCAAUGCCAUGCUGUUCCCCACCUCUGUUGCUAAUUCUCUAAUUGCUGUGGGUACAGACGGGCUGCAGGAGAGGGAUCGCAUGGUUCGCGCUGCCGUUGCCAUCAUAUGUGAGCUAGCUCUGAAGAACCCAGAGGUGGUGGCCAAACGUGGAGGUCUCAGCACAAUCCUCAAGAGCGUCAUCGACUGUCAGCUGAGUCGGAUCAACGAAGCCCUGAUCACCACGGUCCUCCAUUUACUCAACCACCCGUGCACCCGCCAGUAUGUGCGCGUUGACGUUGAGCUCGAGCAAAUCCUUGCACCUUUCACUGAUUUCCACUAUCGGCACAACGCUGACACAGCUGAAGGACAACUCAAGGAAGACAGAGAAUCCAGGUUCUUGUCGAGCAGGAUGGCCAUAGUUGCUGCAUUUCGUUCCUGGUCUGGGAUUAUCAACCUGUGCAAGGCUGGAAAUUCUGGGAUCCAGUCUUUAAUUGGCUUACUUUGCAUACCAAAUAUGGAAGUUAGGAAAGGCCUGUUGGAGGUGUUGUAUGAGAUAUUCAGGCUCCCUGUGCCCAUUGUUACUGAAGACUUCACAGAGGCUCUCCAAAGUGUUGAUCCCGCCAGGUUCCAGGACACCUGGAGACUCUCUGAUGGGUUUGUGGCGGCUGAGGCUAAAGUUAUCCUACCCCAUCGGGCCCGCUCCAGGGCCGACCUGAUGGACAACUACCUGGCAUUUGUGCUCUCUGCCUUUAUCACCAGUGGACUGUUAGAGGGUCUUGUGGAAGUUGUGACCAGCAGCGAUGACCAGCUUGCUAUCAGAGCUACUAUACUCCUAGGAGAGCUUUUGCAUAUGGCCAACACAAUUCUUCCUCAUUCCCAUAGCCACCACCUGCAUUGCCUUCCCACCCUUAUCAACAUGGCCGCCUCGUUUGACAUCUCCCAGGAGAAACGACUUCGUGCAAGUGCAGCCGUGAACAAUCUGAAACGUUUCCACGAGAAGAAGAAGAAAGGCCUGAAGCCGCACAGUCUUUACUUGGACCACAUCAUUCGCAAGUCCGUCUCGUCUCAAAACCGCAGAGAUUCCCACUCGCGUGUCCAAAGGGACAUCUACAUCAUUAAGGACACUGAAGAGGCACUGCUGAUGAACCUAAGAGACAGCCAAAUCCUUAACCACAAGCAGAACCUGGAGUGGAACUGGCUGCUCAUUGCCACCAUCUUGAAGUGGCCAAAUGUGAACCUCAGGAACAACAAGGAUGAACAGAUGCACCGGUUUGUUCGGAGGCUGCUCUUCUUUUAUAAGCCCACUAGUAAAUUAUAUGCUGGGCUGCCUUUGGAUCACGUAAAGGCCAGACAACUCACAGUGGUUGGAUGUCAGUUUGUGGAGUUCCUCAUGGACUCAGAUGAGGACGGUCAGGGCUAUCUGGAAGAUCUUGUGAGAGACAUGGUCUCAUGGCUCUGCUCGUGUUCAGGACUGAAGCCAGAGCGUAGUCUGCAGAGCAACGGCCUUCUCACCACACUCAGUCAGCACUAUUUCCUCUUCCUGGGGACACUUUCCGCACACCCACAGGGAGUUAAAAUGUUAGAGAAAUGUGGCCUGUUCCAGUGCCUGCUGAAUCUGUGCUCCGUAAAGAACCAGGAUGCUGUGCUGAAACUUGCCGUAACGACUCUAGAUUACAGCAGAGACGGCCUGGCCAGGGUCAUCCUCUCAAAGGUCCUCACAGCUUCCACCGAUACAUGCAGGCUGUAUGCCACCAAACACCUCCGUGUGCUGCUGCGUGCGGGCGUGGAGUUCUUCAGCAGCUGGGGCAUGGAGCUGCUGGUCACCCAGCUUCAUGACCACAACAAGGUUGUUUCCAUGGAGGCCCUGGACAUUCUGGAUGAGGCCUGUGAGGACAAGGCCAACCUCCACGCUCUAAUCCAGCUGAAACCAGCUGUGUCCCAUCUGGGAGACAAAGGCCUCCUGCUGCUCCUCAGGUUCCUGUCCAUUCCUAAAGGUUUUUCCUACCUCAAUGAGAGGGGUUAUGUCAGCAAGCAGCUGGAUAAAUGGCAGAAGGAGUACAACCUUAAAUAUGUGGAUCUGAUAGAGGAGCAGCUGAACGAAGCACUUACAACUUACCGCAAACCCGUAGAUGGAGAUAACUACGUGAGGCGCAGCAACCAAAGGUUACAAAGACCAAAUGUUUAUCUCCCCGUGCACUUGUAUGGUCAGCUGGUCCAUGAUAAGACAGGCUGUCAUCUACUGGAAUCUCAGAAUGUAGUUCCAGAUCUCAGCUAUACGGUCCGCUCCCCGAUGCUGGACACCUGGGAGGGCGUUAAGCAGCUGAAGGCUGCUCUAUGGGCUCUGGGAAACAUUGGUUCUUCGAACUGGGGUCUGAAUCUCUUGCAGGAGGAGAAUGUGAUUCCUGACAUCCUUGCAUUAGCUCAGCACUGUGAGGUGCUGUCGGUUCGUGGGACAUGCAUUUAUGUGCUUGGUGUGAUUUCUAAGACCAAGCAGGGAUGUGAGGUCCUCAAACAGUACGGUUGGGAUGCGGUCAGGCAUAGUCGCAGGACGCUGUGGCCUGUCACUCCUGACGAGGUGGACACCCAGCUCACCGCAGAGCUUUCCUCCGUACCGAGCACGCUCAGUCUGAACUCGGAAUCCACUGGCUCCUGCCACAACAGCGAGAGCGAGUCUCAACCAAAUAUGUACAUCCUGGACGAUGACAAGUGUGACGGUUUGGACUCGUCAGACGACCCCUCAUUCUAUCAACACUCCAAAGCAGUCAAAGAUCGCAGCCCGUUCACAAUCCUUGGUUCCACGCGCUUUGUUCGUCCCCGCUUCCUCAACUCCCUCUCCCUCCCCAGCAAGAAGGUACGCUCCACCAGUGACCCAAAAAGUUCCACGGGCUCUCGCACUCUGAACGAUCUGAAGAUGGAAAGCCCGAGGCGGAACAGGACACUGACGGAGCCUUCAGUCUACAGCCACGGGGACGUAUUCAACUCAGUAUUUAAUGGCCGAGGAAUGCCAAAGAGUCCAACGGUUAGCCUGGAGACGUCCUUUGUUGGGACCAGGGGUGGCUCUGAGGAGCAGCUUGUGGAAGGCAGGCUGGUGAGGGGAGGGGGCUCCGGCCUUGGACUCAGCGGUCUGGGGGGACACGGGGUGGUGGAGCAGCACAGGGAGCAGAGCAGCCGAGAGCGCCUGGCGGGAGAAGGCGGCUCCUCUAGCGGGGGUAAUGUGGGAGGGGGUGGAGGAGGCGGGGGUACUCAGUUUAAAAGCCGCAGUCAGAGCUUUAACACGGAUACGACGACCAGCGGCAUCAGCUCCAUGAGCUCCAGCCCCUCCCGCGAGACCGUCGGGAACCCAGAUCACCCCGAAGUGGAACCAGACUCUUCAGACUGUGUGAGCCUCAACACCGUUGUGUCUGCAAAGACGGUCAAAACCCUCUCCUCCCUCAGCCCCCAGCCUCAGACAAACCACAUGUGCUCCUCCAAGUCCCCUAGCGUUUCUCUGGUCCCGCCAGGCUCCUCGCACACCCUCCCCCGCCGAGCUCAGUCUCUUAAGUCCCCCUCGGUCACAACCAUCAAGAGCCUGGCUGACUGCAGCAUCAUGUACACCAGCCCCAGAGACGCGCUGGGUUACGCUACACUGAAGAGGCUGCAGCAGCAGAGGAUACACCCGUCUCUGUCCCACAGUGAGGCUCUGGCUUCACCCGCCAAAGACGUUCUGUUCACAGACACCAUUACCAUGAAGACCGGCAGCCUGGACUCCAGGUUAACUCCUCGCAGGCUGUCGGACAGGAGGCGCACCUGUCCAGAACCCACCGUGCCAAGCCCGUACCGCAGGCUCUCCAGAACACUUGUACCGCGCCUCUCCCCCCGGAUCCUCUCACGCACCUCUCCUCUUGCGCUCCCUAGGUUCCUAAAAGCUCUCAGUUUCGCCUCUCUGGACAAAGAGGAGCUGCUCAGUCCCAUCAGCCAAAGCACCCUGCACCGCUGCUCCUCGGUGCGCUCCAUGGUCUCCAGCGCCACCUUAGGGUGCAACGACGACUACAUCGGCCUGGCGCUGCCGAUGAACAUCAACGACAUGUUCCACAUCAGAGACUCUACCUACUUCCAGCAGAGGAUCAGCCCGCCCUCUGAAGAGCGGAAACGCUUCCUGUUUGGCGACGGAGACGGGGAUCGGCCUGCUCUGCCGUUACUGAAACAGCAGUUCAGUAUCUCUGAGCUCAUUGCAUCUCGAGGAGAGUCUCAGAACCACAUGGUGGACUCAGAAGAGACGGGUCUGCAGGAUCACUCCGAGGAAAACUGUCUGUACUGCGUAGGAGCCAGCGUCCUCGGAUACCAGACUCAGCCGCAGAUCAAAAGCACGCAAACUCGGACAGAUUAUGUUGACUUCCCUUCAUGGGGUGGGCAGGGGGGGCAUCGACUGGAGGUGAUGCCUCAGUCCAAGUUCUCGGGGGUGUCAGGCUGCAGUGACGCUGCUGUGUCUCAAGGUUCGAUCUCAAGCACGCCUACGCCUGGAGACGUCGUUAUUGGCGGGAAAGCCAUCUCUGAUGACGGCCCUGCCUCUCGAGUCCUCCUGAGGAAGGAGAUUCUCCGCCUCAUCAUCAACCUCAGCUCUUCUGUCGGAACCAAAGGCAAUGAAACAGGAUUAUUGACGAUAAAGGAGAAGUUCCCUUAUGCGUUUGAUGACAUCUGCUUGUACUCGGAGGUUUCUCACCUCUUGUCCCAUUGUAUGUUUCGUCUGACUUCGAGGCGCUUCAUACAAGAGCUCUUCCAGGACGUGCAGUUUAUGCCAAUGUAUGAGGAAGCUGAAGCAAUCCUGAUGAAGCUUCCUGAACCCGUCGGAGAGGACGUUACCCCUCCUGCAGAGUCCUGAUUCCCCCUCCCCGGCUACAGCCCUGACUCCUUUAUAACUGUGGAAAGAAAAGCAGGUCUGAGGCUCUAUGGAAAAAGGAACCUUCAGCCCAUUUCUGUUGCUUGAAACAGAGAACACUCAUCGCUCAGCUUCCUCCUGAGCUGGAAACAAAAGACUUCAGUAACCGAACACACAUUAAAUGCUGUCUCAGAAAAACGAUGAGCAGCAGAAAAGCCAAAUACUGUUUCCAUGUGGAUUGGCAACACUGUCAAAUAUUCACCGGUAGAUCAUCAGAAAACUAAAAGGACAAAGACGGUGCAGUUAGAAAAUAAUCAAGUAGUUUAAAAAAAAAUCAAAUUGUGUUUUUGUUUUUUUUUGCAGUUUUAGAUUGUUUCCUGUAAUGAAACAAAUCAUCACGUCUUACUGAAUAUUCCUCGGACCUUGCGUUCUUUUCUUCAAAGAAAACACUACAAACGGAUCCUGCUGUCUUUAAAACCCUAACUGGAGCCGGAUUCCUUCUCCUCACCGCCUCCUAAGACCUUAAGCCUCCUUACCGCACAGACGGCCUGUUAAAACUUUCUAUUUCCAGUGUCACAGACAAUCACCAGUGUUGUGUUUUCUAAAGCAUUUUACCUGCCGCCGCUACUCGGUGAAUAACGAGAAUAGCAUGUAAUUUAAUGCUAGUUUUUUUCCCCUACUUUUCUGGCUCAGAGCCUUUAAUGUUUUCUUUUCCUGUGUUUUGGCAUCUUCAGCGAGCUUCAAAGAAGGUGGGUCUCUCUCUUUUCCUCUAAAAUGCUUGCUCGUGUAAGUAAUCUGUAGAAAGGUCGAUUACAGAUGUACACAGGUGUUCCUGAAACGUUCACCAACCAGCAGCUCCUCGUCACAAUUCCUCCUUUACCUCUGAGCUUCACACUCUACUGCAUGUUCAACUAGCAUGGCAAAGUUGCGCUUCACCCUAACUUAUUGCUUUUUAAAGAAGUUAAAGGUUGCCAUUUCAUGUCGCCAUACGUCGUAGGAAUGGUUGCCCCUCCGCCAUGCAAUAUCACUCACUGUUGGAGCACAACGACAGAGGAGGGGGCGGUUCAGUGCGAUGACUAAAUGUAAAAGGUAUCCAAGGAAACGGGUUGUUUCCAUUGGCGUUUUUUUUUUUUUUUUUUGCUACAAUGCUGCUACACAAGUGGACUCAUAGAGAGAUGAUUCAUAGAUCCGCUGAGUGAUGUCAGAUCCGAUCUAUUUAUUAUAUGUCUGUACCAUAGUGAGCUCAACCAGAGAAGAAAAAAGUUAUUUAUAUUUUUCCUCAAGACUGUAUUAUAAUUUAAUUUUUCUUUUUUGCCUGAAUUGUGUUUCCCUUGUAAAAUGUGUACAGUAUGUUUUUGGGGCACCGAUGACCUAAAGAAACAUACGAUCCUAUCAAAGGGAUGCAUUGUUAAUAAAACAAAAUCUGAAACACCCAGA